GGAGGCCACACGGGAGCUGGGCCUAAGUGUUGGCCUUCCAGGCCAGGAGAAAGGCCUGGGGUUUUAGAUGCCCUGGGGUCAUGGAGUUAACUGUAGCAGCGGGCAGCCCAAGAACCCAGUUCCCGCCGAACCACCAGUUCCCGGAGCAGAGAGGCGGACGGGGCCUAGAAGGACAGGCCUUGCCCCAGGCCUGAGAGGCCCCUCGCCCACGGCCGAGGGGGUGGGGCGGCCUCGCCUCGGGCCGGUGCUUUUCGCCCUGCGUUGGCCGCCAGAGGCUCCCUCUCUCUCCCUCUCCUGGGAUUUUGCUGCCGGGCUCCCUCUCUCUGCGGCCCUAGAGUUAAUCCCAUCAGCCGAGAUGAACCUCUAGUCUUGCUUUGAAAAGCCAUUUUGUGUAACUCUUGACUGAAUAAUUUCCUAAUACACCUGUUGGGAGGAUCACUGACACAGUAUGACAUUUGAGAGGUACUUUUUCUUGACCAGAUACUGGUGAUUAGAGAAGAGAGGUGUUUUUUUUUUUUUUCCCCCCUGAUCAUUAUGAACAUUGGCUUUUUACUCCUGAAGUAAAAAUGUUGAAAGCUGAGUCUUCAGGUGAACGAACCACUCUCAGAAGUGCCUCUCCUCACAGGAAUGCGUAUAGAACUGAGUUCCAGGCACUGAAAAGUACCUUUGACAAACCCAAGUCAGAUGGAGAACAAAAAACAAAAGAAGGUGAGGGCUCCCAGCAGAGCAGGGGGAGGAAAUAUGGCUCCAAUGUCAACAGAAUUAAAAACCUAUUUAUGCAGAUGGGUAUGGAACCCAAUGAGAAUGCUGCAGUCAUUGCCAAAACAAGGGGGAAAGGUGGACCUUCAUCUCCUCAGAGAAGAAUGAAGCCCAAAGAAUUUCUGGAGAAAACAGAUGGCUCGGUUGUUAAGUUGGAGUCCUCUGUUUCAGAACGAAUUAGUAGAUUUGACACAAUGUGUGAUGGCCCUUCAUAUUCUAAGUUCACAGAAACUCGGAAGUUGUUUGAGAGAAGUGUUCAUGACUCAGGACAAAACAACCGAUAUUCCCCAAAGAAAGAGAAAGCUGGGGGGAGUGAACCUCAGGAUGAAUGGGGUGGUUUGAAGUCCAACAGAGGCAGUACUGAUUCCUUGGACAGCCUUAGCUCCCGGACAGAGGCUGUCUCCCCAACCGUGAGUCAACUGAGUGCAGUAUUUGAGGACACCGAUUCCUCCAGUGCCAUCACUUCCGAGAAGGCUGAAAACAAUGAGUACUCGGUGACUGGGCAUUAUCCCCUGAAUUUACCAUCUGUUACUGUUACAAAUCUUGACACCUUUGGUCACCUUAAGGAUUCUAAUUCUUGGUCUCCUCCAAGCAAACACGGUGAUGAUGCAGAGGAUGCUCAGAAGAGUAAUAUAACUCCAGUACCGGAAGUGGUUUCAAAAAGUACCUCUCUAGCUUCGAUGCCUAGUGAAGAGACACAGCAGAGCAAGGAAGCUGAGCACUCCACCUCUAACCAAGAGACUACUGACAGAAUUGACAGAGACAUUCCCGAAGAGCCUUGUGCUGAGGAUAAGGCAAUGCCAGAGUCUAAAAUCCCUUCACCACAAAAUGAACCUUUAGUAGACGCUGAAGCUAAUUUGAGUGGGAGUGAGGCAGCAAGGCAACAGAAGAAACAACUAGCAGGUGGUGAUUUUACCUCUCCUGAUGCUUCUGGAUCCAGUUGUGGAAAAGAAGGACCCGAAGAUUCCAAUAAUUUUGAGAGUUCCCACGUUUACAUGCACAGUGACUAUAGUGUGUAUAGGGUCAGAUCCAGGUAUCAUUCAGACUGGGGAGAGACGGGCACUGAGCAGGAUGAGCAGGAAGAUAGUGAUGAACACAGCUACUAUCAACCUGAUAUGGAAUACUCAGAAAUCACUGGAUUGCCAGAAGAAGAAGACAUCCCAGCAAAUAGGAAAAUUAAGUUUAGUAGUGCUCCAAUUAAGGUUUUCAGCACAUACUCCAAUGAAGACUAUGACAGGAGAAAUGAUGAAGUUGACCCUGUGGCUGCUUCAGCCGAGUAUGAACUUGAAAAGCGUGUAGAAAAGCUGGAACUUUUCCCAGUGGAACUAGAGAAAGAUGAGGAUGGACUUGGUAUAAGUAUUAUUGGAAUGGGUGUUGGAGCAGAUGCUGGACUUGAAAAGCUGGGAAUAUUUGUCAAGACAGUAACAGAAGGUGGUGCUGCUCAACGGGAUGGCAGAAUACAAGUCAAUGACCAGAUUGUGGAAGUGGAUGGAAUCAGCUUGGUGGGUGUCACACAGAAUUUUGCUGCAACAGUUCUCAGAAACACCAAGGGCAAUGUCAGAUUUAUUAUUGGGCGAGAAAAACCUGGGCAAGUGAGUGAGGUAGCCCAGUUGAUAAGCCAAACGCUGGAACAAGAAAGGCGCCAGAGAGAGCUGCUUGAGCAGCACUAUGCGCAGUAUGAUGCUGAUGAUGAUGAGACAGGAGAAUAUGCCACAGAUGAAGAGGAGGAUGAGGUGGGACCUGUUCUUCCUGGCAGUGACAUGGCCAUUGAAGUCUUUGAGCUGCCUGAGAAUGAGGACAUGUUUUCCCCUUCAGACCUGGACACAAGCAAGCUCAGUCACAAGUUCAAAGAGUUGCAAAUCAAACAUGCAGUUACAGAAGCAGAGAUUCAAAAAUUGAAGACCAAGCUGCAAGCAGCAGAAAAUGAGAAAGUGAGGUGGGAACUAGAAAAAACCUCACUCCAACAGAAUAUAGAAGAGAAUAAAGAAAGAAUGUUGAAGUUGGAGAGCUACUGGAUUGAGGCUCAAACAUUAUGCCACACGGUGAAUGAACACCUCAAAGAGACUCAAAGCCAGUAUCAGGCCUUGGAAAAGAAAUACAACAAGGCAAAGAAAUUGAUCAAGGAUUUUCAACAAAAAGAACUUGAUUUCAUCAAAAGACAGGAAGCAGAAAGAAAGAAAAUAGAAGAUUUGGAAAAAGCUCAUCUUGUGGAAGUUCAAGGCCUACAAGUGCGGAUUAGAGAUUUGGAAGCUGAGGUGUUCAGGCUACUGAAGCAAAAUGGGACUCAAGUUAACAAUAACAACAACAUCUUUGAAAGAAGAACCUCUCUUGGUGAGGUCUCUAAGGGAGACACCAUGGAGAACUUGGAGGUCAAGCAGACGUCUUGUCAAGAUGGCCUAAGUCAAGACUUGAAUGAAGCAGUCCCAGAGACAGAGCGCCUGGAUUCGAAAGCACUGAAAACCCGAGCCCAGCUCUCUGUGAAGAACAGACGCCAGAGGCCCUCCAGGACAAGACUCUAUGAUAGUGUCAGUUCAACAGAUGGGGAGGACAGUCUAGAACGAAAGCCUGCAAACAGUUUCCAUAACCACAUGCAUAUUACCAAAUCACUUCUGCCCAAGGGUUUAAGAACUUCUUCUCCAGAAUCAGAUUCUGGUGCUCCAUCCCUCACUUCAGUGGCUGGCAGUGUGCCCUUCUCAUCUGACCACACGGCUGAAUUUCAAGAAGGACCACUGCGCCCAGAAGGGGAGCCUUCCUCCUCAGUUUGGGGAGAUGCUUCACUCUCCUCUCCUUCAAAAUCUGAUCAUGAUGUGAAAGAAUCUCUUUGCCACCAUCAAGCCACCACCAAGAACGUGUUACAAGAAAAAGAUGGUGCCAAAGGUCCCAGAUCACUAAGGGCAUCCAGUUCACUGGUGGUGCAAGGAGGAAAAAUUAAGCAGAAGUUUGUGGAUCUGGGGGCGCCUUUGCGAAGGAAUUCCAACAAGGGAAAGAAAUGGAAAGAAAAAGAAAAAGAAGCCAAUAGGUUUUCUCCAGGUAGCAGGAUCUUCAGAAGCAGGCUGGAACACUGGAAAACAAAGCCGUCCUCUGCAGCUCAGGCCUCCACUCGCUCACCUUGCAUGCCUUUCCUGUGGUUUAAUGAAAGCCGGAAAGGAUCCUAUUCCUUCAGGAACCUGCCUUCAUCUACAAGUCCCCUUCAGCCUUCUCCUGAGACUCUAAUUUCAGAUAAAAAGGGGUCCAAGAAUUUUGCCUUCAAUGACGACUUCAGUCCCAGCAGUACCAGUUCGGCAGACCUGAGCGGCCUAGGAGCAGAACCCAAAACACCAGGGCUCUCACAGUCCUUAGCACUGUCAUCAGAUGAGAGCCUGGAUAUGAUAGAUGACGAGAUCCUUGAUGAUGGACAGUCUCCCAAACACAGUCAGUGUCAGAAUCGGGCCGUUCAUGAAUGGAGUGUGCAGCAGGUUUCUCACUGGUUAAUGAGCCUAAAUCUGGAGCAGUAUGUAUCUGAAUUCAGUGCCCAAAACAUCACUGGAGAGCAACUUCUGCAGUUGGAUGGAAAUAAACUUAAGGCUCUUGGAAUGACAUCAUCCCAGGAUCGAGCAGUGGUCAAAAAAAAACUCAAGGAAAUGAAGGUGUCUCUAGAGAAGGCUCGGAAGGCUCAAGAGAAAAUGGAAAAACAAAGAGAAAAGCUGAGGAGGAAGGAACAAGAGCAAAUGCAGAGGAAAUCUAAAAAGACAGAAAAGAUGACAGCUGCCACAGAGGGUGCUGGUGAGCAGUAACACACACCCUCUCACAGAGAAGAGAAGUCUUCACCCUUCCUGCCCUGCUUUCCUCUGGAGGAUGAAAAAGAAAACCGAUGACAGGGGUAAUGUGCUAUAGGCAGAUUGGGGAACCAUGUGUUGAAUAACUGCAUUUUCUGCAAUAGAACACACUCUUAAUUUUAACCCACUGAAAUAAUCCCCAGCCACCUUUGGUUUAUUAACAAACCCAGGAUCUCAUUUUUGAGAGAGGCACAGUAGCUGUGUUUCUCUCUUCUCUUACUUACCAACAUCCUGUGUUGUGUUGGAUGGGUUGUGUCAGUUGAAGAACCAGUGUGACCCUGCCCAACAUGACACACCCCGGUGUUGUUAAUGGAGCGCCAUGAAUUUUCCUUACGGGAUCCUAAACCUGGGCAAUUGCACGUAUCUGCAUGGCCGAGAGCACCACUCUGCCAUGAGAUCUGGGCUGCAGAAUCUACUCCAAUGUGUGGGAAAGUUUCCUUCUCAUUUCUGUGUCUGGACAGUGAGACGGCUGCACUGGGGGAAUGUGGGAGCUCUGCCAUAUAAUGACCUACUAUGGCAAAAGGCAAGCAAACUGUUCUGUUUGCUGGGUGUCAGAAAAAGAGAAAAGAAUUAUAGUUAUUUGUUAGCACCAGAAGGAAGCAAAAGUCUUAAGAAUGUGGAUGUGGGUAUUACCUUGGGGUUCUAAGGGUAACAUUUAUCCUCCAGAUUUAGCCAAACAAAGAAAAGAUCAGACGUUAAUGCAGCCGUGGGAGAUUGGGAUCUGGUGUUUACUUUGCUACUACUGCAUGUUCAGUAUUUCAGCAAUACUGACACACACAACAUCAUUCCUUUUUUCCUGAACAAAUUGAGCAGGAAAUUGAUUUUUAAGGAAACCAGCAUUUUCAGGUUUCCUCUCCUGGGGAACAUUCUGCCUGGUCUUCAGUCUGCCUAUGACACAGUCAGGAACUCGUCACAUAUUUUCUACUCAAGAGUUCCCAAGUGGGCCCAGUUAGUGUUUUAACAAAUGUACUUUUAAGAAAAAUAGAAAUACCAGUUAGAGAAAAUUUAGAUUUGAGUAACAUUCAACCAGAGAAGCAAUUUUAUUGAGCACACAGAAUGUUCCCAUAAAGGAGAGCUGUCAGUUACAUUUUAGAGAUGUUUUGAAUGGUUUUUCUGAGCCAUUCUCUUCUACUCUUUAAAGAUUUCCACUUUACAGUUCAAGUUUAUGUAGGAUAGUACACAAGAUACAACCUAGCAGUGGAGGCAGUUAUACUUAUUUUAAAGCCAGUAUUAAGGAUUUCAGUAUUGUAUCAAACUAAUUCAAGUGCAGGAGAGUAGGGCAGGAGGAGGAAAUAAAUUCAUCUUGAGAAAUUUCAAAUGAUGGGUUGUUUUUUAUUAUUGUUGUUCUGCUCUUUAUGCUCAUGUAUCUGGUUCUCUUUACUUCAUUGGCUCUAGAAAUGAGGUCAUUCACUUUCCAAGGGAUGAGUUUUAAGAUAAGAGUUGAGGCCAAAUGAAUUCUUGGACAAGUGUUUUACUUCCUUUACUACGUGGGGGGUCUCUGUCCGUAUCUUCCACUGGAAACAUUAUAUAUGCAGAGCCUGGGGGAAGGCUUUUGAAGGUUACAGAUAACGGAUAAUGUAAAGGGGCUCCUGCCCGUGUAGCUCCAUCUUGUAUUUAAAACAUUGUGAUUUUUUUUUCUUGCUUGUCUGAAUAUCUGAAAUCUGGAAUUAUCUACACCAGAAAUUUUUAAUCCUGUUCUUUCCCUAAGGCCUGUUUCCUUUUCGGUGACAGAGUGUUGUCUGUUAAGCUCCAAUCCUUUUGUCACCAGGUACACGUUGUUUAUCCAGUCCGCAGAAACACUGUUGUAAAGUGAUGUUGUGUUUUACAAUUAUCAAAGGCACUAUGUGUGUUUUUCUGUCUAUCUUCCUUGGCGGUAUUAUAAUGAAACUGCCCUAUUGGACACUCUGUUAGUAUUUGAGAUGUGUGGUGCUCUGCUCUUUGUUAAUGUCAUGAGAGACAAGGAACCACUAUUAAUGAACUACAAAAUUCAGCAAAUCUUUUCUAAUACUAAAAGACUAAAUUAGUCAAAAUCUGGUAAUACUAGUGCUUGCCAUUGUACAUUUUUGCCAUUUUUGCUUAUCUUUGGAAAAGAAGUGAUCUGGAUCACACUGGAAGUUUCACUGUAUUCAUUUUAAGAAUGGAAAUAGAAGGAUGAUUAUCUUAAGUGAUGUUUACACUUUGGUAAUAUUUGAAAAUGGAUGUAUAUACUGGAAAUGUCUGUAAGUCUCAGACUCUGCACAUAAUUUAUGAUCUAUUAUAUUGCAUUUUCUUAAAUGUCUUAGAAGUAUUGUUCUUUAACUUUAUUUGUACACUUCCAAUGUUUAGAUCAAUGACCAGCUGACAAUAUUGUAAAUCAAAUUCUUAUUCCUCAAAUCAUUUAUAUUAUAAUUAUUUUGAUUUUUUAAGUUAAGUUAUCGUAAUUUUAGGUCUUAAUGAGUUAUUUUUAAGAUUACUACUUAAAACUGCUGAAAUUGUAAGAGGCACUUGAUUUCAUUGUCCAACAAAGAAUAAAAUGUAAACUGAUUGGUAAAAGGGUAUGAAAACAAAGUGAAGGACCUCAGAUCUUGUGAACAUUUUGUUUCCCCAUUAUUUUUUUAUUGACUCUAGUGCAUGAUGCCUAAUCGAGGUUCCAGUGUCUUACACAAUUCCUCCCUUAACGCUAGUGGUUUUCAGUGUCAGUACAAUUUAACAGAGAAUUGUUGCUUCAUGAACCUUAAAGACUCUGCAGUUUUUUAUUUAUCAGAAAAUGAACAAAAAGGGAAUAUCUGGUUACUAUGAACUAUAGUCCCUAAAGGACAGCUCAGUGUGACUCUAACAACAGCUACAAGUGUUUAGGGUACAGGUAAUGCUUUGGGGGACAGGGGGUGUGUGGCAAGGCCAAGUCAUGGACAGAGAGCAUUGUGUGAGCUGAGUGUCUGGGUCAGGGUUUUCAUUAUAGGACUUUAGUUUUAUAACAGAAUUACUUUAUUUAAGACCAUCUCCCUUAAAGUAUCUCACAGUUAUGUAAUAGUUUUCUCAUUCUUUUUUUGCCUAAAUCAGAAGUUGACUCAGAGUGAUGUUAGGGCAGAAACCUAAUUUUGCCCACUCUAACACACUGAUGAAGUCCACCUUUAGUUGCAUGACAAUAAAGCUCUUCUGUGCUCCCCUCCUUUAGCUGGGGUUGACAUGGAUUUCCCACCCUCGACAUCACAUAAGCAUUUUAACCCACAGCAGUUCAUGAUUGCAGGAUGAUAGAUGCUAAUGCCAAACUCAGCUUUUAAGGGGCAUGAAAUGGGAACACCUACCUGUGUUCCUUUGUUGUUGUUGGAAACAAAGUGGCAAGAGGACAGGUGAGGAACCAAGUUAACCCUUGCCGCUGCCUUUUAUCCUAUAGUCAUCUCUGGCCUGAACUCUUAAGAUGUCCCUGGCCCAAGGUACAAAAAUAGUCACAGGUUGUUUGAUCUAGCACCUUAAUUAGCCUUUAUGGUUUUUGCUGAAAACAAAGAAUUCUCCUCUAGGUUCUUUGUAUAAUAGGAUUAACAUGUGCUUUAAAAUUAUAUUUAAAAGGUAAAUAAAAAUUUGCAUUUAUAUGGAUAUUCUAACUCGUUUUUAAGUGUUAAAAGUUACAUAGACCAAGCUUCAAGAAAGGAAAUCCAGUGUUUAAACAAUAGUGUUCAAAAAGAUUCUAAAGGGAGGUGUCCCAGCAAUUCUAAAAGAAAUGUCUAUACUUUGAAUGUGUUGUAGCCCCAUCAUUACAUUGAGAUAUUUAAGAAUUACCAAAUUCCAUUUGAGUAACUAAAUUUACUCUCUUUCCCAGUGGAGGUGCAGGUGAGGGGCAUUUCGCUUUGGUGGACAGCGGUCCCUAGGGUUCUUGUCACCUACUUAAUGCUAAGUCCUUAGUGCUUUCUGAAUGAAAAGAUAAAAUGGAAAAGGAAAGCCCAGGUUUUUAAAUAUCUUUUCAAAUUUACCUUUAAUCAAGGAUCUACCUGUACACUAUUCUGAAGCUAAGCCUUUAAGGAUGAAGUCCAGAAAGAAAAUGUCCAUAUUUUCUAUUAGAAUUGUUUCAUUAUAAUGAUGGGAGUGGUGUGUAAAUUCUCAAAAGAAAGCAAUGUUGUGAGAAAUACGAAUGUGCUUCAGUGAUUCACUCCUGAAAAAUGGCCUGGGUGUGCAGGCAGUAUUGUUUAUAUUUGUCUUAGGUAUUUAAAGUCUCAGGAAAUUCAAUCUUGGUCCAAAACACUGGGGAAAAAAUAACACCAGACAGUACACUAGUAGUAUUAGAAUAACUGAAAGUAGCAGCAUUGACUAGACUCAACCAAGAAGUCAGAGGGCAAAGAAGAAGCCUGCAGGAUCAGUUUCCCCCAGGAAAAUGAAAGCAUCAACUUCUACCCUAUGGUGAACAGAGGGUCCUCACAUGCUUGUGUGGAUGUGUUGAGGGAAUGGUUGUUACUUGAAGGCUCACAUAUGUGAAUGUGUGGACCAAACACAGCACGUAACUGCUUCCAGAUCUACAGAGUGGGGAAGGAAAGAAAGGUGAUGGUUUCCAAUCCUUGGCCUUACCCCAAUCCCAACUCCAAAACUGCUAGGGAUUCAAGAAUGAAUAAGAGGUAAGGAAUAAGAACAAAAGGCAACUUGUCAGUAAUGUGCAUGCCACUUGUGUAGAUGUACAGAACUACAUAUGUGUGAAUAUAUCUCCUACCUUACAUACUCACACAGAUACUGCAAUCACAUGGCAUAAAAAAUAUAUAUCAUAUAUGGAACUUGGUAAUGUCAGCACCCUGAGCAGUAAUCAUAGCCUUAUUGCCACUUUUUGUGUUGUGUAUACAUUGAAUGGCUCAUAAGAUUUUAAGAGAUUUUUUUAAUGUAAGUAUUUCUACUAAAAGCACUUAUCCUUCUACAUGUUUAUAUAUUUUGAUAAAAUUGAUUUAUUAGAUACUUGUUAUUUUAGUAAGAUAAAAUGUCCUCAAAUGUCUGGUUAAUGCUUUGAUGUUGAGAUUGCACAUUACUGAGUUGAAGCUCAGAAGUUUAUGGAGCUUUGGGCAGACUGCAGUUUCCUUGGCUAAAAAUUGCACUGUGUGUUCUUGUGCAUUCGCUCAUACUCUGAACUGACAUAUUUGGUAGCUAUGAUGCUUAAGGCACUAACUCCUGGCUCUCUGAUGGCAGCGUUGCCAUCACAUGACCAAUUAUUUGCUUCUUAUGUGGAGUGAUGGCAUGAUUAGGUCGUUGCCAAAUAUAAUGCAAGUGGAUGUGAGCGUGAGUAUGUUGUUGGAAGGUGUACACUUCUCUUGCUUUCAGCCCUUUUAUUCGCACACCCAGGUUUUCUGUUAAGGAUUUAAUCUUUCAUCCAUGAAAGAACAAUUGGCCAAAAUAAUUAAAUGGGCCCUUUUUAAGGGCCAAAAUGCCCCUUAAAAAGUGGGCAUUAAGAGGCACCCCAGCUAGAUAACACCUCCCAACAACAUCAGAUUUAGUUCGUGCUUAGUGAAACCCCUUAAAUAUAUAUGUAUAUGCUUUCCUUAAUAUUAUUUAUGGUCAUCACUACUGCUUUUGUAUUUUUUAAUGAUGUUGCAAUCGAACUACUAGUAUAUCUGCUACAUAUCACUAACAAAACUGGCCAGCUGAGAAAAGAAAAAAAGAAUAAAUUCUGUUCCGUUGUAAGAAGUUGAUUUAUUUUAAUCUUUCUUUAUAUAUCAGUAAAGGAAAAGAGUUGUUUGAAAAAUAAUUUUAAGUCCAGUAAGUAUGGAUAGCAUGUUAUCUGAAAUUUUUAAUUUGUACAUUUUGGUGUCUGAUCAUUUGCAUGGAACAGACAACAGUGCUGCGUCUGAAUUGUUCUCUUGUGCUUGGUUAGUAUGUACUUCUCUAGAUCGUUCCGUUUCCAAUGACAUCUCUUACUCUUUGGUUUUCAGAGGCAUUCAAAGCAAACUUUCACAGUGGUCCUUGUUUUAUGACUGAUCUAAAAAUAUCUGUGAUUAAAUUUAAUUUCUUAGUGUAAAUAAAUUUCUUGCCAAUGAGUAUUAUUGUUGUUAGACAACGAAUGCAAUAAAGAGAAAUAUCGAGA